AUGCCUCCUCAGUUUGCUUCUCAACUCGGAUCGAUGGGGCCCGACGCAGGAUCCUCAAGCCCGUCCAAACAAUGUCAGACACCUUUCGACGGUCAAAACGAGCCAACCCAUGGGUCUACUAUCAAGUCGUGGAGACUACUCUUGUGGCAUGAGAUACCGAAAUGGCAGCAGGACAAUGAGUACAUAGUCUCUGGUUACAGGCUGGUCUCACUUCACAUGAUAGCUACCACACACACUUACACUGCCGCAGGCCAACCUCCGGGUCUGUAUGGGUGUCCAUUGCGAGUCUAUUGUAUCUCAACAAUCAGACUGUUCAAUGCGUAUUCGCAUAUGCUCGGUGCGGUCGUUUUCAUGAUACUGCCACUUUACUUCUACAAUCGACAUUUCGUCGAAGAAGCGGGCGCACAGGUGCAAUAUUUGCUUGUUAUAUCCAUUUACUGCCUCGGCGUCGCCGUAUGCUUUGUCUUUUCGGCCACGUUUCAUAUCCUCUGUAACCAUAGUUGCAACUAUGCGCAUUUCUGCAACAGACUUGACUACCUUGGCAUUCUAGUCUUGAUGUGGGGUGCAGGGGUUCCGACUAUUUUCUACGGCUUCUUCUGCGACAGCAAGUUGAGAUGGACCUACUGGAUGACAACAACUAGCACUGCUGUGUGCUGCACAUACCUUACCCUAGCCCCUGAUUUCGCAUCGCCACGGUUCCGUCAUUGGCGUGCCAGUCUCUAUGCAGGCUUUGGGUUAAGUUCAAUUGUUUUUGUACUCCAUGGACUUCUCAUAUAUGGAUGGGAGGUCCAGAAGCAGCGUAUGUCGUUGAUCUCCAUGGGCUGGAUGGCCGUCUCAAAUCUUGUUGGCGCCGCGAUAUACGCCACAAGAAUUCCGGAGAGAUGGCUGCCUCGCGUCUUCGAUACAUUUGGCGCCAGCCAUCAAGUCUUUCACGUUGCAGUCAUGAUCGCUGCUUGGAUCCACUUUCAAGGACUUGUCGAGGCUUUCCAUCUAGCUCGUGGCAUGACGGCAGGCUCGUUUCGUACGUAG